AUGCGCUCCCUUCGUUCCUCGCUCUCUCUCCUCCUUUGCCUCCUCUCCCUCCACUUCCUCGCAGUCCGCACCCAAACCGAAGACGAAUGGCCUGUCGAGAUCCUCCUCGCCCCCGAGAAUUCGCGCCCCAUCCAACGUCCUGUCGCCGCAGUAGCUGGCCUGGGCACCACAAUCUACAUCGCCACCACUGCGGGCCAGCUCCUCCUCGUCGAUAUCAAGUCCGGUGCAGUCACCAUGCUCAAUCAAGGCGGUGAUGACCAGCGCUUCGCGGGACUCUGCCUCGACUCGCGCGGUCUGGGCACCCUGUAUGCCACGGGGAGGGAGUCUGGUCUGGUCUAUGCCUUUAACCGUCGUGGCGAGUUGCUCCAGUCUUAUCGCGUCGCGGAGCCCUCAUCCUCCGACCAACCCUUGUAUCUUUCAGGAUGCAUACAGACACAGUAUCAGCUUCUAAUCAUGGACUCUACUUCGCCGCGCUUAUUUUACUUGCGCCUCGCGGACACCGGGCCGCUACGAGGGCACCCGCCACCGCUGGAUCCCAGCUUUACGUAUCAGGGCAUCGCAGUCCCGUUCACAGGAGAAUGGAACCAGACCGGCUCAGGGUUUAACGGAUACGGCGUCGAAUGGACUCAGAAGUUUAAGCGGAUUGCCUAUUUUUUGAAUUCCGCCACUGGCCAGUUGUACGUGUGUACCAUUUCGGAAACCCAGGUUUCCGGCGAGAUGCGUACCGUCAAUGUUCUAGGGAAGAUGACCCUCUUCCCAGGCGCGUUGCAGAUAUUGUUUGAUUCGUCAAAUGAAAACGUCCUGUAUCUUUCCAUGCCACAUACCAAUUCUGUCGCAGUCCUGGAGGUCAGCGGCACGAACCCGCGUCGCGCAAAGUACAUUCGGACGCUGACUAGCGCUCUACUGAGUGGGCCUGUCGCCGUGUCAGAAUAUGGAAACUUCAUCUAUCCCGUCAAUGCACGCCUCAGCUCUGGAGCAGACGCUGACGAUUUCACUGUGGUUAAGAUUUCCCGGCACCGCCAAUUACUCGAUAGCGGGGACCCAGAUCAGGACUUUACUACGGCUCUCGACGAUGUGGAGGAGGAACCCUUGCCAGUUGCCAUCGAACCUGCGCAAGUUGAGGAUGUUUUGCGAUCAACACCCGUCCCUGUCGGAACGUCCGCGCCAGCGCCAAUUGGGACUCCUCCUCCUUCGGCAGCGACGCAGACCGAUGCCGUGGAUCCUGUGCAACCCCCUCCCAUCGAGUCGGCGACCCCAGUAUCUACCGGUGCACCAACACAAGCCGUGCCCACGACUACGCCGACUCCCGCUAGCGCCGAAGAAGGCACACAAUCGGACUCGGCCGACAGCGACGGAGAAAACGAUGAGUCCGGCCCUGUAUUUGCCGUCAAUAGCAGCGACGAGGAAGGUGCAGAUGGGGCAUGCUUCCCAGCGUCUGCAACUGUCAGAACAGAGAUCGGGAGACAGGUGCGUAUGGACGAAUUGCGGAUAGGCGACAGCGUGUUUGUUGGAUACACACGAGAAGGAAAGGAGCAGUUUUCAGACGUGUUUCUGUUCUCCCAUCAAGACAGAGCUAUCAUCACCAGCUUUGUUCGAAUUUCCACAAGCGAUGGCCGAAGCAUUGACUUGAGUGAUGGGCAUUAUUUAUAUGUGAAAGAUGUAGUGACUGAGGCGUCGGCCGUCGUGACUGGCGAUGUUCUGACUAGUGAUGACGGCGGUUCAGUGCGAGUCACAAGAAUAGAGCGGAUGCCACACAGAGGGUUGUACAACCCCCAAACUGUUCAUGGCGACAUAUACGUGAACGGAAUCAAAGCAAGCACUUACACCUCUUCAAUAGAGCCUUCAGUGGCUUCCGCGCUGCUCGCCCCUCUCCGGGCGAUGCAUUUCUGUGGUACGAGUAUUUCAAAACACAUUACGGAUCUUUUGAGUAGUGGAGGCAAUGGACUCGAACGAAUUUUCCCUCAAGGGGGCAAGUUGUAUUCAUGA